GGAAGUUCCUUUUACCAUACUGGAAGAAUUUGGCUCAGAUCUCAAAAAUGCCAACUGAAGCUGUAGAGAGACCAAUUGAAGACCUGAAGCCCGAUGAGGGCUCAGCUUCAGGCACUGAAUCCGACAGCAGUGAUUCAAUGCCGGAGCUUGAAGAAGGGGAUGCCGCACAGCAGAGCCAGCUUGCAGCAGCAGCAGGAAUCACAGAAGAGCUCACGAGCAAAGCAAAACAAAGUCGCAGUGAAAAGAAGGCCAGAAAAGCUAUGUCUAAACUUGGUCUGAAGCAAGUACAGAGUGUCACGCGAGUAACAAUAAGAAAGUCCAAAAACAUUUUAUUUGUAAUCAACCGACCAGACGUAUAUAAAAGUCCUGCAUCAGAUACCUACAUUGUGUUCGGUGAAGCAAAGAUUGAAGAUCUGAGUCAACAAGCCCAGAUGCAGGCUGCAGAGAAAUUCAAGACUCCUGAGAACCCCAUGAGUCUGGGCGGAGACAGUCCAAGCACCAUAGCCGAGCCAAUCCAGGAGGAAUCCGAAGAAGAGGGCGAGGUUGAUGAGAGCGGUGUGGAAGCUAAGGAUAUUGAACUUGUUAUGUCCCAAGCCAAUGUAUCAAGAUCUAAAGCUGUCAAAGCGCUUAAAAAUAAUAGUAACGACAUCGUCAAUGCUAUCAUGGAAUUGACGAUGUAACCUUUGCUGCCUCGAUGUCCCCAAUGUUUAUAGCUUCACACCCCAUUGUGCUUGACAGACUCUUUCUUUCAUUGUGAUAUUUAUAUGUAUAAGCCUAAUAAAGGCAUAAAACAUU